AUGAAUAACACCGGGUUCAACCAAACGGAGGCCGGACUGCUCAACAAGACCGAGGAGUUUUUGUGCUGCAACUUUUCCUCCGUGGUGACCGAUAACGGCUUCGUGGCCGCCGCGCCGGACGAGAGGAGCCUCUUCGUCAUGAGGGUGGUCCAGAUAGCCGUCAUGUGCGUUUUGUCUCUCACGGUGGUUUUUGGCAUAUUCUUCUUGGGUUGCAACCUUCUCAUAAAGUCAGAGGGAAUGAUCAACUUUUUGGUAACGGAAAGGAGGCCGUCUAAAGAAGCGGAGGCAGUUAUUGUCGGAGCCUACUGA